AUGAAGGACAAACCUUGGGCGGUGUUUUUGAUCCCAAAUGGCUACUUCGACGCUGGCAAGGGUCGAUUAAUCGUCGAGCGUCAAUCUAAUCAAAGGUUCAUUGCCCUUAGUUACGUUUGGGGUCAGGUGUUGGUAGAACCUUUGAGCAAGGGAGCGCUACCGACCGGCAUUCCAAAUGUUAUCAGGGACGCAAUUACCUUGGCAAGGAAAUUGCGCUACCGGUACCUUUGGGUAGACCAAUAUUGCAUUGAUCAGGACGACCAGCAGAUGAAGCACGAUCAAAUCUCCAAGAUGAAUCAGGUUUACCAAGCGGCAGACCUCACAAUUGUGGCUGCUGCAGGUGAGGAUGCCAAUUAUGGCUUGCCCGGAGUCGGUUUGAGGGAUAGGAUGGUAGGGCAAACGACAUUGGAAAUCACUACUUCGUUGGGCGAGUUUGAACUUACUGCGACGCCAGUCCAUCCAUACGAAGCGAUGUCUAAAUCGAGAUGGAUGCAGCGCGGCUGGACAUACCAGGAAAGCUAUUUCUCCAAGCGCAUUCUGGUAUUUACAGACGACCAAGUUUACUACGAGUGCAGAUCCUGCUCGAGCUGCGAAUCUCUCGACUUCGAGUUCAAGGCUGGCUGGUUUUCAGCCUGGCUAGACUCGAGACCCCGCAUCUUUCUUCCCUCAGGCCCGUACAUCAACUCUACGGGCGAGACAAGGCUAAACCAGCAUCCGCCAAUCUCUAAAUUUCUGUCGAACAUGGAGAAGUAUACGUCUAGGGCCCUCACUUUCGAAGAGGACUCGCUGAAUGCUUUCGGGGGCAUCAUCGAGGAGUUCUCGAGGAGCUCACCUUGUAGGGGCUUGACCACCUUGGAGGAGAAGAUGUUCCGUCUCCGCUCCGGUGGGAACAUUGACGACAUAUCCCAAAGGAUACUUCAAAGAAACUCCAGCCAAGUCCCGGGCCAGUGCUUCUCGAUUUGGGGUAUCCCGUUCAAAACAAGGGGCUUCCAAAGCAAUUUCCUAGAUAUGGACCUGAUACGCCGGUCAGCAUUCCCGUCAUGGUCGUGGGCUGGGUGGGAAGGCUCAGUGGUAUAUCCGUGGAAAGAUGACUAUCAGAUCGGUCAGGGAAUCGCCUCCGAAGAAUGUAUCUUUAAUGUCCUCGUCGACGGCUUGACAUUUUUGGAUAAUCAGGUCCUCACGGUCGCGGAGAGAAGUGUGAAAGCGUACCCAGAUCCAAGUGCUGGGUCAUUACCACGAGUCGAUUCGGUGUUUGGCAUCCACAGUCCCAAAUUCCGCAUCAUCUCUUUCAACGCAUGGGUUGUUCCCGCCAAAAAGAUACGAUUCAAGGAAAGCAUCCAAGAAGCGAUCGAGUGGUACGUGGGCUCUCGAAAGGCAGACAUCCACCUCAGCACACCGGCUCGCUCAGCAGUCGAGAUGCUAAGGCAGCUUCGGUCUGGGCAGUUAAUGGUUAUUCCGCUGUUCGAGCGGCGACUUGACCUUAAAGGCCAAAAGGCUGAGAUACUAGACCAGCUUUUGGUGCUUGAUGAGGAUCAGCGCCAGGACUUUUGCGUUCUUUUGGCUCUUCAUUGGAACCCUGACACGAAGGCGUGGACGAGAGCAGGCGUCAUUCAUAUUCCUCUGGGCAUCGAGUCUUCCGUGGAUAUUUGCAGAGAGUUGUCGUGUGGUCAGUUCCGAGUGCGAGUUAAUAUCGAGUAA